AUGUUAUCAAGGCAAUUGCAGCAUGCGCCACAUUUGAACGCGCAUAGGUGAAAUUUAAAACUCACCCAGCAAAUGAAAAAAAUUAAGCAGUUUGCUAAUUGAACGCGAGAUCGGUUCGAACAAUCAGUUCGUCGAGCAUUAAAAGUUGGAAACGAAGAGCUUGCAAGUAUUUUGAACAACACGAGCUUUAAACAGCUAUCGUUCAAUUAAUUUAAGCCGCGUAAACAUAUCGCAUGUGCCGUGUUCUAAACAAUGAUAUAAUUGUCCUCUAUAGAGCAAGGUUAAAGAAGUGACGAAUGAAUUUUAGACAGAGUUUAUCGAGAGACGCGAGCUGCACCUUCUUGUCUUCUCGUCGCACCGUCCUGAAGGUCUUGUCUCGAUUCCAAGCCAUAAGUUCCACAUCGAUUUUUACUAUCGUGCGCCGCCAUGUCGUUUUACUGUCGUUUACGCUGACUGUAGAUUUUUCAUUCUCUAUUUUCGUACUGGUUUCGCGCAGUGGAUAUCAUUCUCUCCUUCUCUCGAAGAGACGUGCACGCGAUUGGGACGCAUAGUCGUCUCAAUGAACGGGAAUCGUGCGAACGCGUUGCUCCAGCGGACAUCUAAAAUUAAAAAGGAAUUUUAUUCCGUCACAAUUUCUCCACCUCUGCUGACUUUUAUUCUGAAUUAUUCGUGAUUUUUAUUCUGAAUUAUUUACGACUUUCUGCAUGAUAAAAUUUGUUUUUCGUAAACAAAAAUUCUCGUUCCUCAUAAUCCGUUUCGAAUAGUCGCAGCUGUCUGAAGGCAGAUUUUUGUUUUUGGAAAAGUUUCUGUAUAUUGCAAAGCAAGUUUCAAUUAAUCAAUUCUUGCUAAUUCAAAGAACUCUACAAUAAAAUAUAAAAUGAUUGAUUUCCAAAUCUACUCACAAUCACAGAAGCCUCUCCCUUUUUAGAAAAGUUUCUGCAUAUCACAGAACAACUUUCAACUGAUUCAACAUCUUGCUAAUUUAAAGAAUUCUACAAAGCUGAAAAUGAUUGAUUUCCAAAUCUAUUCAAUCAUAGAAGCUUGUCUCUCCUUUCUGUAUAUUACAAAGCAGUUUUCAACUGAUUAAACAUUUUGUUAAUUUAGGGAGCCUCACAAAGCUCAAAAUAAUUAAUUUCCAAAUCUACUCAAUUAUAGAAUCUUGUCUCUCCUUUCUGUAUAUUGCAAAGCAAUUUUCAAUUAAUUAAUUCUUGCUAAUUCAAAGAACUCUACAAAAUAUAAAAUGAUUGAUUUCCAAAUCUACUCACAAUCACAGAAGCCUCUUCCUUUUUAGAAAAGUUUCUGCAUAUCACAGAACAACUUUCAACUGAUUCAACAUCUUGCUAAUUUAAAGAAUUCUACAAAGCUGAAAAUGAUUGAUUUCCAAAUCUAUUCAAUCAUAGAAGCUUGUUUCUCUUUUCUGUAUAUUACAAAGCAAUUUUCAACUGAUUAAACAUUUAACAUUUUGUUAAUUUAGAAAGCUUUACAAAGCUCAAAAUAAUUAAUUUCCAAAUCUACUCAAUCAUAGAAUCUUGUCUCUCCUUUCUGUAUAUUACAAAGCAAUUUUCAACUGAUUAAACAUUCGACACCUUAGAGAACAAAGCCCAAAAUAAUUGAUUUCCAAACCUAUUUCAAACGCAGAAGCUUAUCUAAACACAGGGCACACAAGAAAUAUGUAUGAUCAUGUACGUGUACGUAUGAUUUUUCCAUAUAUAAAAAUAGAAGUCCAGAAUGCGUAACUAGUAAGAAUCCGUGUGAUUCUUAGGGAACACGGCGGCAAGGAAGUGCAAAAACGAAAGGGGCUAGAAGAAGCUGGAGCGGCUUGCGGGAAACGAAAAGACGGCCCUGAUUUCGAGCCUCGCGGCAUCGUCUGCAUCCCAGAAAUAGCGCAAGCGCCUUUCCAAAAGCUUUGA